AAAAUAAUAAUAAUAAAUAAAACCAAACAAACAGAGAAAAAUGGGUGUAGACUAUUACAAUAUUCUCAAAGUUAAUCGUAAUGCGAGCGACGAGGACUUGAAGAAGGCUUAUCGGCGCCUGGCCAUGAUUUGGCACCCAGACAAAAAUGCCAACACGUUAGAAGCCGAGGCCAAGUUCAAGCAAAUUUCCGAAGCCUACGACGUUUUGAGCGACCCAGAAAAACGCCAGAUCUACGAUCUAUAUGGCGAGGAGGGUCUCAAGUCCGGCCAAGCUCCACCGCCCAAACGAAGUGCCCAAGGUUAUGGAACUAAUCAGCAACGUCCUGUCCCGAAUUUCCGGUUUAAUCCUCGGACCCCUGCUGAUAUUUUUGAGGAAAUUUUUGGGGAAAGUAGUAAUGGGGGUUAUAGUGGGAAUGGGAAUAAUGGUGGUGGUGUCAGUGGGGUGAAGAGAGAUGGGUAUUUUAGGAGUACAAAUAUGAAUGGUGGGACGAGGUAUGGAGGUGGAGAAAAUUCUGGUGGUGGUGCUGGGGGAAUGAGAAAGGCACCACCGGUGGAGAAUGGGUUGAUGUGUAGCUUGGAGGAGCUGUACAAGGGUGCUACGAGGAAGAUGAAGAUAUCAAGAAAUGUUCUUGAUGGCCAUGGGUAAGUUUUCGUGUUUUUCCCUUCUGGUUUCAUUUUUGGAAUAAUGUAUGAAUGUGUGAAUAUUUGGAUUUUAACAUGUAUAAUGAUUGAAAUUUGUUUCUUGAAAUUCUGGAUUUGAUUCAUUGUGGUUGCAUUGCAUUGUUAUAUUUGUAAGUUCAGUUUUGGUUAGUUAAGCUGUAGUUGCCAAGAAUGAAGUGUCAUUUUGGGAUCGGUUACAUUAGCGUGGCAACAGAAGUUAAAGUCUGCGAGCUAACCCAGCCAGGUCAUUGAAUACUUGCACUGUUAUAUUUGUAAUUUUAGUUGUUAUAUCCAAGGAUGAACUGUCAUUUUGGGAUCGAGCCAAAUUAAUGUGGCAAUAGAAGUAAAAGUCUGCAAGUUAACCGAGCCGGGAAGUGG